UAAUAUUGGAUCGUGUAGCGAACCUAACUACUGUACGCCCAGCUACAGUCAGUCGUUUAAGCUUCAAGCAGAUACUUAUGCUUUCCGAAUGCAUAUACAAAAAUCCUUUUACUAUUGAAUUUAAAAAAAUUUAAUCUAUACACACCUCACGAAAUCGAUCGCCCUUUCAAGACGCGUGCUUAUCAUUCUGUUAGUUCUUUCUUUCGCAUCAAUUAACUUUUUUUAAGUAGAAUUAAUUAAUUAAUUGUCAUUCCUUUACUUCAAAACUGAUCAAUUUUGACCUAGUUAGCUGACUUUGGUUUCUUCGUUCCUAUAUCCAAUCGAUUGUCUUCAGCGUUCUCAUCGAAGUCCUAUUUAUCUAGUUUUCUAGACGCUAAAUGUCCACUAUGGAACCUCCAAAUAUUCUUUCAAGCAUUCCUUAUAAGCAAAGCCCUUUUAAUCCAGAAGAGUUGAAUUUGACUCACUACUGCAUAUCUUCUCUAUUGUCUAUACCUUGGAACGACAUCAGUGUAACUGGAUUCGAAUAUCUGGCGAAAAAGUACCGACUGGACGUUUUUUCAGAUACGUCAAAUCCUAAUGAAGUUUUACUUAGCCUUGCUGGAAAAAUUAUUCUCAUCGAUGUUAUCAUCCCUACCCAUGGAACAUAUAGAGACAUAAAAAUUGCUUUAGCAUUUGCUGAUGCUACAGGUGAACAGUAUAAGAAUACGACAGCAGAAGAGAUCCUUCAGAGUGCCAUUCAUGAAAACAAUACUACCUUGUUGGAAAGAAAUGUUGCUUUGUUGGCGAUGCUUGAUCGCUGUUCACCGUCGGUUCAACAGAGCUGUUUUCAAUAUUUGGAGACUUUGAAAUCGACGUUCAAUAUAAUUUACAAUUCUAGAUUAAAAAACCAAGAUUCUGAAAACGAGAUGGAACUCAUUAUGAGUACAGAGGGGAAACCUUUGAACGACAAUGACGGGAAUUUAGGACUUCAACUAGCUUUUUGGAAAUAUCAAAAUUGUUUAUAUAAUGCGAAAAUAUCUAUGAAUGAACUAUCUUUAAAUUAUUUACCACGCACGCUUUAUGGAUCUCAGUUGGUUGCUGAGAUCCCCUUGAAGACUUCAGGUGAAGUCAAUUGGUUACCCGAAACAAAUUUAACACAAAUACCUGCUACUAUGGAACUUCUUUUUGAAGACUAUCACAUCGUGUUUCCAGAAUUUGGUGUGCAAGCGUUACUUAAUUUUCUUCAGAUCGGCGACGUAAACCAAUCUGGAAAUUAUCUUUCUUAUAAAACAUUGCUGGAUCUUCCGAACCAAACGACAGCGGGCUAUCCGUCUAUCAACAAAAGUCAUAUAAUUUAUUUGGGAGGAAUUGACAUUCCUGCCCGCUCUGUUCACAGAAUCCCUUACAGUCAUCCUCGACAAAUUCUUGGUAUUUUUCAAUAUGUUCGACAAUACCUGACUUUGCAGACUAUUCUUGAAAAUGUGAAACCCUGGUCAACAAAAAUUACCGCUACAGCCUCCCUUCGUUUGAACCUAAUUAUGAAGCAGUAUCCUAUCAUUCAUAUUCAGUAUCAAGAGCUGAAUAAACUCUCUAACGUGGAUCCAGUCAUCGCCCAUAUCGCGGUCCUUCCAAAUGGUAUUGUUCAACUAAACUCCAUCGCAUGUGGGUCAACUCCUACAAGUGAAGAUGUUGCUUUGAAAAUACAAAAAAUGCUUCAGAAAACACUAAACAUUGGUCUUGUGUUGGAGUUUGCCAUUCCAAUUUUGUUCAAAAAUAUACAAUCUACUAUAUAAUGUGCAAUGAUAAAAAAAUAGUAUUUGCUAGGAGUAAUCGAGCAAUAUUCCUAUCUUAUUUUGCAGUACUUAGGGUGAGCCUGAAAAACCUAAACUUUUGUAAAAAUCCAAAAGACCAAUUAAAUUGAUCAAAGUUUACUCGUCUUCACUUUCAGAUUCAUCGCUGGCUUCAGCAAGCCAAUUCAAGAAAGGACGAGCGGAUUCCUGAAUCUUCUUACUAGUUUCACGGCUAACGUAUUUUUUGCUAGGUUUAGCGCCCCAUUUCUCUAAGGUUCCUUCAGAAACCAAGUCGCUUUCAUAGAUUUCUAAUAAAAC